AUGGCGAACGUGCGGCUAGCGACGAUAGGCGACAGUGCUUCAUCUCGGCCCACCAUUGUUGUCGAGAGGAGCACUGCAAUACUGCCAAAGCUGCCAAGGAGAGGUCCACCGGCGAUUUUGCGACUGCCGCCGCAGCUCGUGAUUUACUGCUUCUGCUUCUGCAACCUGCAGACGCUGGGUGUGCUGUGCAGGGUGUCGGUGCGGAUAAAUGUGCUUGUGGCGCGUCAGGGAGCCGAGUUGUGGCUCGCGGCGGCUCAGCGGCGCCAAAUCCCGAUUUCGGACUCUGCGUGUGCGCGAGAGGAGCUGCGCAAGGCGCUGGUGCACCGCGCACGCGAGCGGCACGCGGAGGAGGCAUACUACAAAGCAGAGAUAGCUAGGAUGGAGGAGCGGCUCUCGGCGCGCGCACAGCACAUCUACGCCCAAAACAUCGAUGUCGAUCGCACACUGCAAACGAACGGUGGGACGUCAACGCCAGCUGCUGCGAACCCUGAGCCUUUCUGGCUCCGGCAGCAGCGUACGCUGCAGGCAAAAGCGGGUGCGACGGUCGGCUCUGUCGAUACCACUCACACAGCGUUGUCACAGUCGGCUGACAUGUGCGCUAAGUUGAAGACAGAGAUAGAGGCACUGGAGGAGGUGAAGCGAGCCUGCGAGUGCCGCCUGAAUCUUCAGGAGGAACUACUGCUGCAGCACGAUGCGCAGAUUCGCCAGUGGCAGUCGUUGCUGCUCCCUUGCAAGCUGUCUGCACCCAAGUCUUCUCUUGCAUCAGCGUCUGCUGGGGCCGCAGCCGCCUCUUCCAACACAAAGAAUGAGUCAGCGGCAGCAGUUGCGUCUUCCCCGGUGCUGAUCUCCGCAGUGCAAGUUGACGAGUUUGAGCGUCGCAUGGCGCGCCUCGUUCUCAACGGCCCCGUUUCGACUUCAUCAGCCUCGAUAACCCACACAUCAUCAGGCGAAUCAAGUCUGCCUGUCGUUCUGCGGCGCGGUGUGGAGAACUUUGGGAGCCUGGAGCUAGUCUUGCGCGCGGUUAAGUGUGGCGAGCCUAUUACUGACCUCGAUCCCGCACAUCAGGUUACCGUGACUACGGGCAACAACAAGGGCACUGCCACUGCGGCCACCGCUGCUGAAGCUGCGUCUUUUGAAGGCGCGGCGCGAGCCGCUGCGAAGCGCUGGAGUGCUUUUCAGAAGAUUUGCCCGAUUAACGAAGAGUACGAAAAUGCACGUCUCUUCUUGAAAGCACAGGCGUCGCGGGCAGUGCCAGCGCCUACAGCCCAUCUACGUACUGACACCAACGAACGCAGCCCCGCAAAUAGCGACGAGCAACUGCAACAGCAGCCUUCCCCGAAACCGACGCCGGCACUGCUUCGGCUGUCUGGCUUUGUACGCCGCGCAGAGGCGAUGUCAGACGCACAGGUGCUUCAAAAAUGGAUGUAA